AAUGGAAUUUGUUGAGUUAAUAUCAAUACCCCGUGUGGACAAUGUAGUGCUAACUGACAAAACAAAAGAAAGGACUAAACAGUGCAAAAUAGAAGGUACAUUAUGCAUUAGUGGACAUCAUCUUAUUCUUUCAGACAGACAAAAAGGCAAUGAACAAGAGUUAUGGCUUUUAUAUCGCAACAUCGAUGCAAUGGAGAAAAAGGGCAACAACCAAAUUCCUGGAGGUAGCAUAAUAUUAAAAUGCAAGGAUUUUCAUAUUUAUCAACUAGACUUUACUUCUACAAAUGAAUUAGUGAAAGUAGCGCAAACUAUAGAAAAAUUAUCUUGCUUGGAUCAAACAAUGCAAUAUCCAUUUUUCUACAGACCACAAUUAUUUACUAAUUCAAAAGUACAAAUGGAAGAUGGAUGGAAAUUAUUUCCACCUCUUUCUGAGUGGACAGAAUUAUUAGUAAUUAAAGGAGAUGAAUGGCGUAUUAGUCAUUUAAAUAAAGAUUACAAAGUUUGUAAUUCAUAUCCUGCAGCUAUUAUAGUACCUAAAAAUAUAGAAGAUGAAAUUAUAGUUUCAUCAGCUAAUUUUAGAGAUAGUGGAAGAUUCCCAGUACUGUGUUACAGACAUAAUGGAGGGGGUAUUUUAAUUAGAAGUAGUCAACCAAUGUGCGGACCCACAGGAAAAAGAUGCAAAGGCGAUGAAAUGCUACUGAAUGCAUACUUAAGACCAGGAAAAAGAGGAGUUAUUGUAGAUACUAGAAGUUUCUCACAAGCACAGAAUGCAAAAACAAAAGGUGGAGGUACUGAAAUUGAUUCUGCUUAUCCGCAAUGGCUCAAAUCGCACAAAUCAAUUCCAAGAACUACUGAUUUAUUAGAAAGUUUUUCAAAGUUAAUGGAAGUAUGUAAUGAUAUUAGCUGUUCUACCUCACAGUGGCUAUCCAAACUAGAUAAUAGCAAAUGGCUAUCAGCAGUUCAAGAUGCCAUGAAUACAGCGUGUGUGACAGCUCAAUGUCUUGAACAAGAACGGACAGCUGUCUUAGUUCAUGGUGGUACCGGACGUGAUCUCACGCUAGUAGUAACCAGUUUAGUGCAAGUAAUUUUGAAUCCAGAUAGCCGAACAAUCAGAGGCUUGCAAGCUUUGAUAGAGCGCGAAUGGUUGCAAGCUGGUCACCCGUUCUAUACUAGAACUCGUCACGGAGCCUAUUACACUUACACUCAAAACUCGUCGGAUGCUCCAACGUUCUUACUCUUUCUAGACUGUCUUUACCAGUUACAUUUCCAAUUUCAGAUGAGCUUUGAGUAUACAACUGAACUACUUACUGAAAUCUUCAAACAUGAGUAUUCUUCAAACUAUGGCACGUUUCUAGGUGAUUCGGAAUGCGAGAGAAGUCGUCUUAAAGUACAAGAGCGUACUUGUAGCUUAUGGUCAUACAUGAACCAACCAAAUGUAUUAGAGAAGUAUACAAAUCUGCUAUACGAAUCUAAUCCUGGCAUAAUCUGGCCGAGUGUAGCACCUGUGAGCAUCGAACUCUGGCGUGAACUUUACCUGGGACACAAUGCCGCUGCAUCCUGGGAUGGUCUACUUUGUUGCGCCGUUGAGAUCAAAGAAAAACAUCAAUCGAUAAAACGCGUUGCUGCCGAAUUACACCAGUUAAUCCGACAGGUGCUCGAAGAGUUCAAUCUGUUGUCCGAGAAUAAUUCCUCUUCGGCCAGUACUUGCGCCAACAAUACUUCCGAGUUCUCACUGCAGGAGGAAGUGAUUCACACGAAAUUCGCGCAACUCAGCAUGGAACAGACACAGGGCACUUGAUACAGUCUCGAUCUUUACUUGUCUGCCAGUGCAAAUUAAAACGGUUAUUUCACGGGAGUCAUAGAAAAUAUAUUUUAUUUUUGAAUUCAUAAAUUUUUAUUUUUUUUUUAAUUUCAGUACUUUUUUAUUCAAUAGUGCUGAUAUAUUUUUCCAUUUAGACGCAAUUCUGGCUGUGCAAUCAUUAUGAUUUAUUGGUUUAACUUGCCGAAGUUGUUAAUAGUUUUAGUUUCAGAUUUGCCGACACUAAGCAAUGUACAAUAUUAUACUCUCAAAGUUUAUUUAAAUUUUAUUUUGUUUUUCAUAAUAAUAUAAAUUUUAACUUUAGAAAAUCUUUAUUUGAAUAUCUGUUCAGUUAAGAUAAAAUUAUAAUGUUGUAAAGGCCUUUUACUUCCAACAAAUGAAAAAUACUGACUAACUAUAAUAAUAACCAUCAUUUGCAUUUGAAUAGUUUUUAUUACCAGUACGUAUCAAUGAAAAAAUUAUAUUCUAUACUAAAAUUUAUUUACAAAAUAAAUGCAUUUAGUUAUUGAAAAAUACUCCUAUACAAUGCGAGCGUUAUUGAUUGGUUCUAUAUUCUCACGUGAUCGAACAGAGUGCUUAUACAAACAAUCGCAAAUUAUAUUUAACACAUAUAAAUUAAAACCAUGCUGUGUACAAUAUUAUCGCGGUAUAAUAAUAUUUUUAGUAAUAAGUGAAUGCAUUGAAAAAAGAUGCACAUGCAAACUAUCAUUGUAUUUAUAAUGAACAAAUGCUUCGUUACUAAUAACAACGCGAAACCUUUCUGUAAAAAAUUAUAAAAAAAUUGUUAUGUUUUAGUAGGAAUUUUUUUGAUAUACAUAUGAUUCUUUAAAGAUUUUGACUAGCCAUAGAAUUAUUUUUUAAUAGUAACUUAAAAUUAUUUGUUAAGUGAGAUCCCAUCAAAGAAUUAAUUUUACUUCAUUUUAUUGUAUUAUAAAAAUAAUUUUUAAUAAGAAAAGAUGGUAGUAGAAUAAGUAUAAGACCUUAGAUAAUUAUUUAGACGAAAGAAGGGUCGUCUUUGCUCUCUAUAAUCAACAAAGUGAAAAUCUAAUAAAAACUAUGUAUUUAUGACGUUAAGUUUCACGCACAGGCGCUUCGAGUACCAUGAUUUACGAUCUCUUAUAUGAUCAUACGGUUAUGAAACGUCUUUGACAAUUAUUUCCAUGUCUUAUAUCUUUGCGCAAAGAGCUGCUGUAGCAUAUACUUGUAUAAAAAUUUAUUUUGUAUCGUGAAAAUAAACGCGCACCUAAGCGUGCGCAUCAAUCAGAAA